AAAUACACUGGACUGACGGGAAUCUGGACGGACGACGGACGGAAGGUACUGGCGUUUAAUAGGGCGGGGAGACUUAUUGUCCCUAAAAGAAACUGAAAAAAUCUGUGAAAUUGACUAAUUUAUUUGUGCUAGUGUGGCUGCAUUUGAGCCAAAGUGUAUAAAGUGAUCGGUGUUCUGGAUAAUUGAAGUUUUCUGGCAUUAUUCACCAAUACAUUCGAGGUUAAAUGAAACAAAAUGGUGGCCAACAGAGGCCCAAGAUCAAUAAAAAAACUGCAGUUAAGAACAAUAACAGUAAAAAGAAACGAUUGCCGGUAAAAACAGCUGGCGUACCUCUACGGGCAAAUACAAAACCGGUAGCGCGAAAAUCCUCUCUAAAAACAAUUAUGAAGAAGAAAAAAGAGCCUCCGAUUAAAGAUACCGUCGCGGAAACGAUCGCUUUUGUUAUAAAAGGUAAACUAACCCCAAUUAAACCUUCUGAGCCUCCAAAAGCUCAAGCGAAGAAAGUGAAAGAUAGAAACGACGUCGUUGAACCUAAACGGCCGAAAAAGAAACGCAAGAAAGACAUAGAUUUAUCCAUUAAUAAAAUUAUUAAUAAAUACGCCAAGAAACUUAAUGUGAAAACGCAGAAUAAGCCGCAAAAGACUAAACUUAAAAAAAAGAAAACUGAGAUUACAGAUGAACCAAGUAUAGCACCUCCUAUUAAAAUUAAAGAAGAGAAAGUGGAAAAUGACUUUCCUAUCGCUACCGUAGUUAAAAUUGAAGUGGAAAGCGAUAAAGAACCCACUACGACUGUAGAAGCCAAAGAGGUUAAGAAGGAGGACCAAGAGGAACCUAAUCAAUCUGUAAAAUUAUUAAAGAAAAAAUCACAACCCCAAAUAAAAAAGAAACAUGCUCAAAUGGAUGAAAAGCGUCGAGCUAAAUUGAUUCAGUUUUGGAAUAGUCCAAAGCGUCACCGUGAGGCUUCUCUAAACGCCAUAGCUAAGGUGCAUUGUCUUUAUGAGAACGAGUCGAAGGCAUCUUUUGAUAAGAUGGCGGAAAAUGCAAACGCGAUUAUUAAAUUUGAACCGGGAAACAAUAUAAACCAACUUAAGACGCAACCCGUGGUGGAUACUGAUUCAGAUGAAGUAUCCUUACCGCCGGUUAAAAGGAGCUUAAGAGAGGUGCCAGGAUUAAGAGGAGUGGGCAAACACUACGAUAUGUACGAAUACAUCGAUUCAGAUAAUAGCGAUAUUGAGUUGUAUAAAAUACCGCAAAGACCUCGGAAGGUGGUCAGGGUUAAGAAGGAGGUAAAAGAAACUAGUGAAGAAGAAGAAGAUGACGAAGAGGAGGUGCCAAAGAAACCAGCCGGCAGGCCGAAAAAAGAUCCUGUUCAUCAAAAGAAACGUAAACCGAAAUCUGAAGAAAUAUACAUGGAUCUAAAAGAUAUGGUGGUGAAAAAACGGAUGGCCAGCUUAAACGCGACUGCCAUCUUGGCAGCCAGUUACUCGUCGAAUAAUAAAAAAAUGAAAACUAACAGUAAAACGAGUUGUAGCGACGACUCUUCUGAUACAGACUCUGACUCUUCGGCUGAACAGUAUUUCGCUGCCAUUGACAAAGUAGAUUUGACGAAGGACGGAAAGCCGGAAGAGGAAGACAAGAAAGAUAUUAUUGAAGUGCACACUUCUCCGAAUAAAAAAGUGUCAGUGUUCUUAAAUCAGGAUACCGACGUUACUAUUACCGGAGUAUAUGUAAACAGUACCACCAGAUCUACGCAUCACGAAGGGUAUUGUAGCAUAGCCGGGAUGCAGUACCGGAUUUCGGCCACUAGUCAUACUCAAACUGCUGCGACUACUGUAUCUUCGGAAACGGUAAUCCAGUCCAGAAGCAGCUCAGAAAAUCCUAAUUCAGACGCUCAAUCAUGCUCGUCGAAGUCCUACACGCCAUUGGACGCGUUGUCGAGCAUGCAACCCCCACCGGGCCCUGGAAUACACAGUGGCGGCCCCCAACCCGGACAUCCGGCAUUAAAUUGUCAGAACGGAUCACAAAUGGCUUCCCCCACCCAGUUGCAGCACGGACCAAUGAGCGCCUUCACAUCACCGCACCAUCCUCAACAGCAACAUGGUGCUCCUUUGCUGAGACAACAGGGAUCUUGUCAGCCAGUUCCUGGGGAUUCUCCCUUAGGACUAGGAUCUGGAUAUUAUCAACCUGCAGGACCGUUAAUCUCUCUGUCCCACGGACACCCUCCACCUACCAGCUUACCUCCUUCGAAAAGCGUGCCUCUUUCAGAAGCCUCUCCCACCUCCAUUGGCUCUUCUGUGCAUCAAAUCAACGUCGCUCAGAACCCUCCUGCGCCUAGUUCGAAUAAUGGCGACUCAUCUGAUAAUGAGGUAAUCAUCACAUCUGUAACGGCCGCGACCAAAGAUUCACCGUUAAGCGCAGGUGUUGGCGCUCAUCAACCUUCUUAUCGAUAUCCGGCGCAAUACUCCCAGUACCACGCAUACCCUUGCCCUCCGCCUCCUCCUCAAUAUCAUUAUCAGACUCCGCCCCCUCCCACUCCUCCAUAUGCGCAUCAUGACAUGUGUUAUCCUCCACCUGCGGGGUACCUGCGACAUGCCAAAUACCCCCCUUCGCCGGGAGGGGGGUACCAUCGAUAUGGUUACUAUAGCGGCGAUAUUUAUGGGGGUCCGCCACCAAGCAGUGGAGGAUCUAGUGCCCAAGCUAGUCAACAGGUUCAGAUAGUAACAGCUCCUUCAGCAGUAUCUGCCAAUGGUUCCUUUUCUGCUGGUCCUAACGGCGUCCCACCACCGGCAAUUAUGGAGCCUUACCCACCUCCACCCCCGGCUCCUCCCACUUUGGUUGACACAUACCCACCCACCGGGCACUAUUAUCAAUCGCCGUACAAUUUACCACCCUCCUGUUAUUCUCACUCACCCACGAGAAGCAUUCCUUAUAUGAGUGCACCAUAUCAACACUGUCCAUUAAAUUCGUGUCCAAAAAACGGCCAUACUGGGCCUCUUACUGGUGACACCACCGGUAAGAGGUCGACCGGAACAAGUGCCGGCACUCCACAUUCUUACUCCCAUCUCCACUCACACCACCAGCAUCAGCAGAUCAACAAAGAUGCGAAACCUCUGCCACCGGUUGCUCUGGCUCUGCCAUUGGAGCCGGUAACAUCAACGGGACCGCCGAGUCCUGCCCGCGGGUCUGCUGGUAUGCCCUCUGGAGGUGGCGUGCCUCCGCCCACUCCCUCACCGAAACGUGAGGACAGAGGAGCCGCCUACGCCGUGGGCGAAAAAAGGAAAGCCAGAGUGGGGAAAGCGAACGUGAGGAGUACUAUGUUGCUGAUGUGCAAUCCUGUGCAAGAGCAGCAACUCGUUAAGAGGGAGAUCGAAAGUCCGUUGUAUAAGGAGCAGGAGAGUGAGGAGAGGAAAAAGUAUGAGGUCUUAACACCACCUUUAAUCAAGCCUCCGGAUAAGCCACCCGAACCGCUUCCGAAAAUACCGGAGGCGUGUACCACCACAACCAUAGAUGAUCUUCCUGACCCGCCAUCGCAAUCGCCCAUCACCACAAAAAACCCUCUCGAAAACGUUACAAUUCGGGAGGAACCAUCUGAUACUAUUGAAGCGGCAUCUGCUAUUGCUCAAACUGAGCAGGUAAUCGUAGAAGAGGAAAAUCCCGCACCUCCCCCUCCCCUUCCGCCGUGCGUGGCAACUGUUGCGGAAAAUGUAAAGGUGAAAAACAUGAAACGGAAACAGAGCCAGUGCAAGGAGGACGCGCCUCCCCCUCCGCCUAAAAAGAGCAAAAAGAUGAGCUCCUAUAAGGACUUUAUCAGGAAACACACUAAAGGCUGCUUUAAAAUCAGCAACAACAAGAAGAAACUCGUGAGUAAUAAUGGUACAAAUAAGCAAAAGAACGCGCAACAAACGAAUAAUCGCAGGAUGAAACAGCAGAAGGUCGGGAAAAAACAAAAGCAAAAAAUGUCAUCUUCUAAGAUUCUCGAUUCUCUAAUAUCUAAAAACAAUAUCGAUAAAGUGAUUGAUGAAGUGGUAAAUAAGGGCACAAAAGUUGUAUCAAAUACCGUUAAAAAAACGAACUCGAAAAUGAACAAUAGGAGGAAAUCUCUCGGUAGUAGGAGAGGAAGUAGAAGUGUUGGUAGUGGGGAGGAGAAGCUUGAAGUGACUGUUAAGGGAAAAGGAAGUGGAGCGGUGGUGCCGAAAUGGUCCAACGGUUGGAUGUGGGAGGGAGAACCAUAUGAAGGAAAGGUUUUUAUUAAUAGUGACGAAACGACGUUGAUCAGAAAAUGCUACCCGUCGAUGAGACACAAAGAGGGCGACCUGAUCAGACCGGGCGACUGUGUUUUAUUGAAAGCGGGGCCGAGAAGGAACGAUCUGCCCUACGUAGCCAAGAUUGCGGUUUUAUGGGAGAGCCCUGAAGAUGGCGAAAUGAUGAUGUCAUUGUUAUGGUAUUAUAGGCCGGAACAUACCGAACAGGGCCGAGCGCUGACCGACCGACCCGACGAGGUGUUCGCCUCCAGGCACAAGGACUCGAAUUCAGUUGCGUGUAUCGACGAUAAAUGUUACGUCUUAACUUUUAACGAAUAUUGUCGGUACAAGAAGAACUUGAAACGUCUCGAAGAAGGAAUGGAUGAGCGACCGAAAUACGUGCCUCUUCCAGAUCCGUAUCCGCGUAUGCGCCGACAACCUCCCAGCGGAGGCCCCCCCGUUUCACCCGACAUGAUCUUCUUUUGUCGGAAAGUAUACGAUUUCCGGCAAAAAAGGAUUGUUAAAAACCCCACUUAAGUUAAGACUUUAUUUUUAGUUAGCUAUUUAUUUAUUUAUUGUUUUUAUUGUUUCGUUUUAUAAAUAUAUAUAACAGAAGGGGCGGAAAUUAGUUAUGAAACAAACAUUUAAGUUCUAGUCAUGAUUGGUUGCUUUUUUUACGUAAAUGUGCUAUUUUUAUUUUCAUGCUACUAAAAAGUAUUGAUCGGUAAAAAUGUAUUGGCGUUGUAGGCUAUUUAUUUAAAGUGCAAGAAUAAUAUAUAAAUAGUAGUAUGGACGUCUUUUAACGCACCUUCAACGGACAAUGGAUUAGUUAGGUAUAGUGCACUCAAAGAUAUACCGUUAACUCUUACUACCAUAAUUAUACCAUUAAGCCCCAUUAUGAAAGGCCUUAAAAGGCGAUAAACUGAAUAAGGUCGGCUUGAAAAUGAUUCUAAAUGAAACUAAUUAAAUAAAAAAUAGUAUUUUAUCAGAAAAGGUUAAUAAGUAUAAAAAAAUACACAAAUUUAUAUAUUAUUAUUAUUUUAAAAAUAUUACCUAUUUUUUUCUUCAAGGUAAGGCAAAACUAGUGAAACGAUAUACUUAAAUAAUAUUUAUUUAUAAAAGUAUAUAAGAGUAAAUAAAAUAGGAGCAUAAUAUAGAAUACAAAAGACCACUAUUUCUUAUAAAUUUAAUUCUGUUUCACUGUCACUUAACUUAAACUCAUUAUUAAGAGCUGAACAUUGGUGUUUAUAAUAGACACGUAAGAAUUUUCUACCUUUAAAACGUGUUGUAUUGAGUUUUUCCAACUAUCGGUUGUAAUAUUAUUUACUGCACUUUUUAUUAAUUCCACUACAGGUGAAUUUAAUGUUGGAGGCGUAUUAUUUCUUUAAAUAUUCGAUUCUACUUGAUGCCAUAUAAAUUCAACGGGAUUAAACGCACAAUAAUAUGGAGGUAGGCGCAACACUAUAUGCCCAUUUUCCAUUGCGAGUUUAUCAGACACAUAUUCUUUAUUAUGUGUCUGAUAAACUCGCAAUGGAAUAAUGCUAUAAUGGAAUAAGAAUAAUGGCUUUUAAAAUAUAUAAAAAAUAUAUUGAAUAAUAUAUUUUUUAUAUAUUUUAAAAGCUGUUAGUACUUCCAAAAGUUCUCGUUUUUUGUACGUCUCUUCAAAAUAUAUGUCAUUGUUUACCAUAAAAUAUUUAAUUUCUGCGUUAGUAUUAUAACAAGGUAAUUUGACUACUUGACGACUCGGACUAAACUCAGGUAUAAAUAUAUAUUAUAUGAAUAGAAUAGAUAUACCUCAAUAUAGAUACCUAUGCAAGAAUAUUUACGUUUAUAAUCGUACCUAUUUAAUAUUUUGCAAUGCAGGUAAAUAUUAAAUUUCUAAUUCCGGCUCCGACCACAAAUCUGAUAAUUUUGCGUCUUUUUAUGACCCAACAGAUAAUUGGGGUUUUAUUGGGGUCAAAAGAUCAACGGUAUAUCUUUGAGUGAACUAUACAACAGGGUUAGAAUUAAUGCAAAACACUUGUUUAACUAGCAGCACACACGGGUCUUUACUUAUGUUUCUAGGAAGAGACGCAGUUUUCCGAACUGAAAUUUGUUAGUGGUUUGGGUGACUAAAGGCUAAAUUGGUUUUUCAAUGAUAAAUAAAAAAUGUCUUCGGUUUAAUUUGUAGGAACAUAAAGAACGAGUUUUUUUUUUUUUAAUUUGAAGUCGUUCAUCGUUUGGAUGUAUUUAUUCGCGAUCUUCUGCUAUUUGCAAUACAUAUUCCAUAUACGUUUGUUAUUAAUCUAGGACGUUCGGUAUAUCGGCGUUGCAUAAAUAUGUGUUGUAUGAUCAGACUUUUUGCCAAUAUUUAGAGGAAAUCAGAGCGAUCUAUUGGUUUGGAAUUUGUAUAGCUUUGUUGCAAAAAGUAAGCAUUUAUUAAGCACGUGUUCAUCAUUUAUAGGUAGUAUUACACGUUCUUACCUGCGGAACCAAUUAUUUGCUGUCACGUUUCUGCUGGUCCUUUACGGGUUUAACUAACCUCACCGAACCUUUAUUACAGUAAAUGUAAGCAUUAUACAAAUUAUUAUUUUCGGCAUCUGUCUAAAAAAAACUGUACGCAAACAAAUACCCCAAGAAAAAUUCUUCUGAGAAUUAUCAAUGAAAUUUCCAACGAGAUCAGAAAUAGCUGCAGCUCUAGCCUCUUUCAUUCUCUCUGCUCUAUUUAUCUCAUUAUAGAAUCAUGCGAUUAGUAAAGUUUCAAAUCGUCUUCUUGUUAUUGUACACCUGAAUAUGUCUCUUAAAGUGUCUUCGUUAAAUAUAAAUCCCUAAUUUUCAGAUUUAGAAGCAUUUAUCUUCUUGCAUUUGUAAAAACAAUUUUCUGAUUAGAUUUUCUUCAAGUUCAUUAGUCCCUAACUCACUUUUCUUUAAUUGUUCAUUAGAUUGUUCUGAUUAAACAAUAAUGCUCGGUUCGCAUAAAGAAUGUAAGAGAACCCGUAUUUUGCUUACUUUAAGAGACGUAACUUUUGUCAUUAUCCUUUCAUUUAUCAAAUUAUCGCCUUUCUUUAUUAGAAUCAAGCAUUAUUCUUCGAACACUGAGUCGUCUGGAUGUAUCCAAGAUGGCCUCACUCACGCUGACGCUGUUCCCCGGUAUGUGAUGUAUUCAAAAAUAGCUCCCAGAUCACACAUUAUAGUACUGACCACCACUGCACUACCGCUAUAUUGAUGCGAACUUGAAAGUUUUCAAAUUAGGGCAAGAAAUUCAACAGUGGUGGUAUGAGAUAUGAGUAUGGUUAAAGCUUAAUGCAAUUGGUCUGUAAUUGAUAUUUAUGUGUUUCACAUCAUAAUUUUUAUGUAUUGAUUUAAUUAAAAUUGUAUUUUUUUUGUAUUGGUAAGGUACAAUGUGUAAGUACUAUCCCAUUCUAGUUAAAACGAAAUUCAUAAAUUUCAGUUUAAUACUCGGAUUUGGAAACAUUGUUAAAUGUUUGAUACAAUCCGUGUCAAGAUUGCUCCCAAAAUAUAGAAUGUGGAAUAUCGUAGCUCGAUUAUAUCAGUUUUCAACUCAUCAUGAGGGUGCGUUUUAAGACGUUCCUAAUACUUGUUACACGAUUAAAUACGAAAAGGAAAGGAAUAUUAAAAAAAAACAUUCAACUCCCAGGAAAUGAUGUUUUGAAAAAUUAUUAAGAAAGUUAAUAGUCUGUAUUUUAAGGCUUUAUAUUUUCCUUUUUUGACUUGUUUAAUUGGUUUGACAUGAAUGGAUCGAUUAUUUCAAAUAAUAGACUCAUGUUUUAGGUAACAAAAAUGACGCACAAAUAAAUUGAGCCCCUUCUGUACGAUUUUUUUUUAAACCCAAUCUUAGAACCGAAAAACGAAAGGAGACAGCAAAUUGGGACCUUAUACAACAAAAUAAAACUGUCUAUAGAAGAUUUAUAUAUUAUUAAUAUAUUUAAACAUAUUUAAUGUAUAGAAAUGUUUAGAAGAGUUGAUUAUUAUUAUUACUAUUAAUAUACAUAUAUUUAAUUAUAUAAAGAAAAAUAUUUAAAUAAAAUAGAAACCGCUGUGAAAUGGGUGUGCUUCAUAGUUAAAAAUCUGUAUAUGGUAAAUUGUGUUUUUUUCAUUCAGUGUCGUCACUAUUAUAUAAUAAUUAUGUAAGUAAACAAAAGAGAAACAGUCAAUUUUAUGCCACAAAAAGGGAGCAAAAGAUCAGUGGCCAUGUUUACAAACCAAAAGGACAUAAUCAAAAAAAAAUCAUUUAUUGCAUUUACAUUUUCUUUAUUAACAAUAGAACGACAUCUAUUAUUUAGUUUUAGGUGUUUUGUAAGUACUUUUAUUAUUAAUAAUAAUUAUUAUUAUUGUU